AUGAUCGAAAAAGCAAUUGCUUAAAUUAUUUCAUAAAUUGUCUUUGGUUUUAAGUACUUACACAAGGUGAAAUAAAAGGAGCUAAAAUCAAAAUUAAUUAAUAAUAACAAUAUGUAACAAAAGUAAUUUUGUCAUGCUUUUUUUUUAUAGAGAGAUGAUGAAAUUUAAACAAGUAAUUAAAUAUUUGAUUUCACUGAAUAACUUAAUCACUCAUUGUUUUAAAUCAAAAUAAAAUAUUUGAAUUCGUUAAACAGUAGGGAGAAUGGUAUGAGUUUGUUGGCAAAUUAAUUAAACCUUAAAUCUCGUAAUUUAUCAAUGAUUACGAUUAAAUUUUAGAAAAGUAAUAUCUUUUCUUUAAUAUUAAGUUAUUCAAGUUAUGAUAGAUAUUUUCUGAUAUCAUUAAAAGCAUCAAAACAUUAAUAAAAUAUUUAUAUGGAAGUUGAAUAAUAGUAAUAGCCAGUUAGUAUUAGAGGACUUAAUCUUUCUAGAAUAUCUUAAUCGAGCAUAUAAAUGAAUGAUGAAGAAGAUUUCUACGGAGGCCAUUCAGGAAGGUCAAUAGAAUUGAGUAUAAGAGAAUGUCAGGAAGUGAAUGAAUUUAAAAAAAAAAGUCUCUAAAUUGAGUUGUCAAUAGUUGACUAUUUAAGUUCAAUGAAUAUUAAAAUGAAAACAGAUCCAAAAGCUAAAUAAGAUCGUUACUAUUCUAACUUAAGGAAUAAUAAUAAAAGAAGAGCAUAUACUACUCUGGAGAUAGAAAGAGAUUUUUCAGACAAUACACCAGAUUCAACCAUCAAAUCAUCUUAAUUGUCAUUAAAGGUAAAUUCACUACUUGAGAGAAGAAAGACUCAGGUGAGUUUUGCAAGCACCAAUUAAAGUAUUUCCAGUUUAUAAGCCAUUUCAUAUACAAAAUUAGAAAGAAAAGUAUUUAAAAAGUCAAAAUAAUACGAAUGUGAAGAAAUCGAUAGCAUAAUUUCCAAUUAGUCUCCUUAUUGA